AGCUUGAUGAGAUUUUAUAUUCACACCGUAAAAUUGUAAAUGAGAUUAUGAAAUCAAAAGAUAUUUCAAUGUCUUCUGGAUUCACAUUUGAAGAAUUUCAAGAAAUUCUCAGUUCAGAUGAACGUAUUUCCUCAGUUAACGAGGCUAAUCUCAGAAUAAUUUUUGAACAGCUACAACGAAAGCAGGAAAGGAGACAACGUCGAAAAUUAGAUGCGUUUAAAUCAAUUCUCAAACAUUUUGAAUCAAUGAUUGCGCCUGAAGCUACUUGGGAACAGGUGCGACCGAUUUUGGAGAAAACCGAAGAAUUUCAAGCAGUUGGUUCAGAAGAACAACGAGUAGAAAUUUUCACCAAAUUUAUGGAAAGAGUUAAGGAAAAGCAUCUUGAAAAAAGCGGCGAAGACAGUGAAGAAGAAGAGGGAACUAUCAAAGAUGAAGAUUUUGAAGAUGAUCGACAUGCAUCGUCAGAUCGUAAAAAAAAGCAUAAAAGUCAUCGUUCAUAUCACCAUCGCCGGCCUCAUCACUCUGACUAUUCGGCUGACAGUGCUGAUCUUUCUGAUAAAGAGAAAGAUGGCAGUGAUAAAAGAAAACGACGAAAGACAAAACUCAAGUAUGAGUCCAGAUAUACAGAACCCAAAUAUCAAGAGUACAACAAAUUUACUGAUCCGAAACAUGGUGAACAUAAAUCUCUGUCCCCAAAGUCAGAGAUUAUCAAGCAAACAUCCCCGAAGCCAGAAGAAUCAAUUAAAUUUCAAUCGCCUAUUCGGGAUUUUCCUCAACGAGAGGUUAGCAAACAUGCAGAUUCAAGCGCGGAAGAAGGCGACUAUGUGCAAAAUCUUGAAUGCAAUGAAGAAUAUGGCUUUGGGAAUAUGGAUCCACGAAAGUAA